AUGGCCUCGUCCUCGUCACUAUCAUCCGUGGAAGCGGCAAAGCGCGCCGCUGCCUAUGCGGCCGUUGAUGCCUACGUAAAGCCACAUCACCAGGUCAUCGGUAUUGGAUCAGGGUCCACGGUGCCGUAUGUCGUGGAACGGAUCUAUGAGCGCAGGCAUGAGCUGAGCCAGUCGUGUACAUUCAUACCAACAAGUUUUCAAGCAAAGAACCUGAUAUUGGAGCGCAACAUGCGCCUAGGAGACAUGGACACGGUACAGGAAUUGGAUGUAACGAUUGACGGCGCUGACGAAGUGGACGAUGGACUCAACCUGAUCAAGGGUGGUGGUGCGUGCCACUUGCGCGAAAAAGUGGUCGCUGAGGCAUCCAAGGAAUUCGUCGUAGUUGCUGACUACCGCAAAAUGUCGCACGUGCUGGGCGAGAGCUGGAAGAAGGGAGUGCCCGUAGAGGCUGCACCGUUCGCAGCGCAGCGCAUCAUCAGGGCCCUGGAACGCUUCGGCAGCACAGAUGUCAAGCUCCGCAUGGCCGUAGCCAAGGCCGGCCCCGUUGUGACAGAUAACGGCAACUUGUGCAUCGACGCCAUCUUUCCUCAGACCCUCAUGCGGAAUCCUGACUACCUCUUGAAACAAAUCAAGCUGAUCACAGGUGUGGUAGAGGUGGGCAUCUUUACGAAUGUUUGCAAGGCGGCCUUCUUUGGCCAUGAAGACGGCACAGUUACGAGGCAGUGGCCAGAUGGUGCCAAGACGCGUACAACGUAG